CUCAGUAGCAGGGACAUUGCUGCACACAACGCCCUCAGCUCUGCUGUUCGGCGCUCACUGAGCUCAGGAGAUGAGCUUAAGAUCUACUUGGGGGGAACAUGAAACUGGAGAAGCCGGCUCUGCCCCUGUGAUCCGCAAGGCCCAACUUUAUGGGGGCUAGCUAGACCGCACCUCACUGCCCGCGGCGUGGCCAACUGGGGGGUUUUGAAGAUCAUGAUCACGUGGAUUCAUCUAACUAAACGGUACCUGGGGACAUGGUGGUCCUUUAGAGAGCACAUCUAAAUUACUGGCUAAUUUCUUGGUUUGCCACUCAGCGUAGGACAUUGUUUGAUUCUCUCUAUCAGAACUCUCCUACGUUUUCCCCACCAUGCUGUCUUUAUUAGCUUGAACUCCUUUCCUAAAAUGGUCCUUCUGUUGAUCUUGUCAGUGCUGCUUUUGAAAGAAGAUGUCCGUGGGAGUGCACAGUCUAGCGAGAGGAGGGUGGUGGCUCACAUGCCGGGUGACAUCAUUAUUGGAGCUCUGUUUUCUGUCCACCACCAGCCCACCGUGGACAAAGUUCAUGAGAGGAAGUGUGGGGCAGUCCGCGAACAGUAUGGCAUUCAGAGAGUGGAAGCCAUGCUGCACACCCUGGAAAGGAUCAACGCAGACCCCACACUCCUGCCCAACAUCACACUGGGCUGUGAGAUAAGGGAUUCCUGCUGGCACUCGGCUGUGGCCCUAGAACAAAGCAUUGAGUUCAUCAGGGACUCCCUCAUUUCUUCGGAAGAAGAAGAAGGUUUGGUGCGCUGUGUGGAUGGCUCUUCCUCCUUCCGCUCCAAGAAGCCCAUAGUAGGGGUCAUUGGGCCCGGCUCCAGUUCUGUGGCCAUUCAGGUCCAGAACUUGCUCCAGCUUUUCAACAUACCUCAGAUUGCUUACUCGGCAACAAGCAUGGAUCUGAGUGACAAGACUCUGUUUAAGUACUUCAUGAGGGUCGUGCCUUCAGAUGCCCAGCAGGCUCGGGCCAUGGUGGACAUAGUGAAGAGGUACAACUGGACCUAUGUGUCAGCUGUGCACACAGAAGGCAACUACGGAGAAAGUGGAAUGGAAGCUUUCAAAGAUAUGUCAGCCAAGGAAGGGAUUUGCAUUGCUCACUCUUACAAAAUCUACAGCAACGCGGGGGAGCAGAGCUUCGAUAAGCUGCUGAAGAAGCUCAGGAGUCACUUGCCCAAGGCCCGGGUUGUAGCCUGCUUCUGUGAGGGCAUGACCGUGCGAGGACUGUUGAUGGCCAUGAGGCGCCUGGGUCUAGCUGGAGAAUUUCUGCUUCUGGGAAGAUGUACUAAGGGAAGACAUAGGUGUGUAGAAUUAAAAGAGAAAGUUGAAGAACUUAGCUUUGAGGAACCUCAAUACUUAAUGGUUGGAGAAAAGAUUAACUAUGAAAAGAAGAGAGGGAGAGGCAAAUCUGGAGAUAUAGAAGGAAAACUCAGAGAGUGCCCUGUCAUCCAGCCAAUGGGAGAGAGUGAUUAA